CCGACCGAGAAACGAACGAAUUCAAAACCAAAAAGAGCCACAAAAAAUAAACAAGCGAAACGACGACGACGAUCAUUUAAUUUUUUUUGUUUUUUUUCGAAAAAAUAUCGAAAAGUUUUUGGCGCGAAAAAAAAAUUUUUUUUAAGUGUCAGUGAAUUUUUUUGGUGUUUUUCUUUGUGAAGUUUUUGUUUGAGAUAAAAAAAAAUGAAGUCGGCCCUGAUCAAUUUUGCCGUCAUUUUGUUGAUGUUUUUGGGGGUGCAGCAGCAGGUGGCGGCCAGGCCUAACUUGAACAGUCGAGUAAAGCGAGUAUCAGACCCUCAUUUCUCCGAUUUGGAAACCAGGGUGGCAUUGCACAAGAUUAAUGGAAUAGCCAUCACUUUACCAGUCGCUGCCGGAAGAGAUCUUGAUAAAAUUGGACGCAAGCGUAGAUCUCAAUCUCGCUUCUUAGAGGCUCUAUUCAAUCAAUCCGAGGAGGAGCAGGGUGACCCCCGGGAGAACGAGAGGCGCCUAUUCGAUCGAACCUACGACGAUUUACUUUACAACUACGACAAGUAAAUUAGCAAAGAAAGUUCAUAACUUUAAAUUGGAUACUUUUACUUCCAUGGCCAUGGAUACUUAAAAUACGUGUCUCUAUUGUAUAGUUUCAUUUGAGGCAACUUCGUUCCAUUCCAGUAACGGUUUUAUUUUUUAUUUUUUGAGAUUUAUUUAUUUAUUAUUUAUUGCUUAGGUUACGUUUAGUUAAUAGGGUAUGUGCAAUAAAAAGAACUUAGGCUGCGUUUAUGUUGUGUAGUUAUUUUUUAAACUACUUCCAUUUCAUGUGAAACCGAGUUACAAUGAAUAUUUAAAGUCUCUAAGCUAGAACCUAAAAGCAAAACAAUGGUUACUUAAAAAUAAUUGUAUUAAUGCAAGUUUGCUUAAAAGCUUUUAAGAAUUUAUCUAAGGGUCAAAAUUCAUUAUCUGCAAAAAAAUUUCUGUAAUUAAAGUUGUCUUAAACAUUAAAAUAUCUUGUAAUAUACUAAGUGCAGCCUAAGUUUAUUUAAACAUAUUUAGGUUACAGAUAUCCUUGGGGAUGUACUAUACAGGGAUGUUCUAAAAAACUUAGCAUAAAGCAUCCUUUUGUAAAACUUAUCAGUAUUAUUACUAAGUAUACGAUUUAUCUUAAUUCGCAAUCUAGUCUUGUUGUAGGUUAAUUAUUUUUAGUAUUAUAGAGAUUGGUUCUCUGAAUAUUCCGAUGUUGACUUUGCUAUUUUAAAUCGGACACCCUAUAUAUUAUUAUACAUUAGAAUUCUGGAAUUUAAUGGUAACAUGUUAUACUUUUGACAUAAGGGUAUUCGAGAUAUUAGUAGUAAAAAGUGUGCUCUUUUUAAUUUAAUAAAAAGAAAUAAGUUGCUUUGGCCAUAAAACCUCUAAAAUUUAAUAAAAAGAAUAUUCAUUUACUUAUAUUUCAAACCGUUUUUAAAAAAUAUAACAUGCGAUGCAUCAACUUUUGUUAGGUAUAUUUUACGUAUAAUUUAAUAUUAUCAAUAUAAAUUAAAAAACUGAUUAUUUUAUACUGCUUCACCAUACUUUCAGCUUUUUCUCUACUCGAACUAAAAGUUUCUCGAAGGACCAC